CUUCCAAUUGGCUUUGAGGAGCAGCAGCUGCUGACGAGUUGGUCUGGCCAAGGUACAAGAGGCCCAGCAGCCAAGCCCAGAUCUCCCAGGAGCGGGAAAGCACUGUUUACUCUCCUCUUGCCAGCCGAUUCCCUACUCUGGUUGUCCCUGCUGCUGCCAGGAUGGUGGUGGAGCUUUACCUCGACCUCCUCUCCCAACCCUGCCGGUCUGUCUUUAUCUUUGCUAAGAAAAACAACAUCCCCUUUGAGUUCAAACAUGUGGCUCUCAUCCAAGGUGAGACUGGUGGAUGGGGCAGGAAGAAUUAGUCACAAGAUCCAGGGUGCAGCGUCUUGAGUUGCAGGGGCUGGGUGGGGGGCUUAUUUGAUGGGUGGGGGGCUGACUUGAACUCCCUGUUUGACUCCAACAAGGAUGGAUUGAAAGAGGGUCACUCUCAAAUGGCAAACCAAAGCUGACUGGGAAACUCAGAAACCAAGAGGACAAAAACUUCAUAAAAGAAUGGGGGGAAAUUAUAAGUUAUCUAGGAGACCACUUUAAGCAGAUGGAAACAAGAGCAGGAUUCUGACACACUUGUCGUGUAAAAAACAUGGAUAAUAUGGUUCAAUAUAAAAACCGGAGUACUGUACAGACUAAUAUGCAGUUGUAGAUGCUUAAAAUAAGACUCUAUGGAUGGAAUGGGGGGAAGUAGUGAGAUAUGGAGAAUCUCCACAUACGCUAUGACUUUAUUGAUGUGUGUUUAUUUGUAUUUUUUGUUUGUAAAAUUAAUAAAAUUUCAGCGGGGGGGAGAAAGAGAGUCACUCUCAAGUUGCCUGUUGACUGCUUGACGCAGGUUGUCUGAAUGGCUCAUUUGGAUCUCAUUUGGAGCUUUGGGUUCCCUCGCAACUUGAUACCAUCGAAGAGGUCUUAUUUCCUAACAUUUAAAAUAGGCUUUCGCUGUUUCCAAUAGUUUUGCUUUCAAAUCGUUGGGGCCUCUUGGUAAAGGGUGUGUAAGAAUUGAUGGUUUCCUAAUAAAAGCAGCCGUGAAUUUCAUAUCUGUGGCAAGCAGGAAAGAACGGCGACUGUUGUAGAAUGAUUAACUGGAUUGCAAGGAGGAGAAACGAACUUUGCAGAAAGACCCCUGGCUUGUGGCAGUGUCUGCCAGGGCACGGCUCGUUUCCCCCUCCCUUUUGCCCAAUCGGUGCAAAGCCUGAGCUGCCCAGAGGCAGAAGAAUUCGCUCUUUGCUGACCUUUGAUACUGAUGCAAGGCAGACUUGUGUAUCGGUGCCUGCUGUGCAUUCCCACACCCCAAGCAUGCUUGGGGCAGAUGCCCAUCUCCUUCCAUCCAUUCCCGAGCAAUUAGCUUGUUCUCUGUACUGUUCUGAUUCUACUUACUUUGUGGGCGUGAAAAAGAUUUAUUACCUAAGAGCUGACUUAGGAGAAUGGCUGACAAGCACACAGCCCCUGCCCAGCUGCCCUCCACCUCCCAACCAAAGCAAUCCAGUAAAGAGGUAAGAGGGAACAUGAGUGGGGGGUCAGGUGGGGGUGACCAGCACCCCCCACUCAGGGUGGGUCAAGGCAGGGUCCUGCGUCAUGGUUCUCAUGAGUGAAUAGCUGCCUCUUGAUUCCUUUUGUCCAUCUCUCCAGGGCAAAACAGGACAAAGGAGUUUGGCAAGGUGAAUCUGCUGGGGAAAGUGCCCGCCUUGAAGGAUGGCGACUUCACCUUGGCAGAGAGGUAAGAAGGAUCCACAGCGCUGUUACUUUGUGUGUUUGUGUUGGGGAGUAGCCACACAGUCCCCCUGCAACUUCACUGUGCACCAGAUCCUGCUGGAAACCCAUAAAUCUCUGCUUUCCUCCCUUUGGGGUUUUGUGUUUUCGUUUUCAAGGCCUUAACUAAGUUUAUGUUGCAGCCUUUCCUCAUAGGGAAUUCACUCCAUCCCCUUGAUAAUUUUGGUUGCCUUUUUUCUGGACUUUUUGUAACUCUACAAUACCCUUUUUGAGGUUGGGUAACCAGAACUAUUCACAAUAUUCCAGAAGCAGUCGCACCACAGAUUUGUAUAACAGCAUUAUAAUACCGGCAGGUUUAUUCUCAAUUCCUUUCCUAAUGAUCACUAGUGUGGAAUUUCCUUUCCUCACAGCUGCUGCACACUGAGACAGUGUCUAAAUUAUUAUUAUUAUUAAUAACAACAACAACAACUUACGUGCUGCCCAUCUGAUUGGGUUGCCCCAGCCACUCAGGUCCCAACAAAAUAUUAAAAUACAAUAAACCAUUACGGUUGUACCUCGGCCCCUGAACGCCUUGGGAGUCAAACGUUCCGGCUCCCGAGCGAUUGAAAACCGGAAGUGAACAUUCUGGUUUUCAAACUUUUUUUGGAAGCCGAACAUCUGGCGCAGCUUCCGCUAUUGUUUCCAGCACACCUGCGCAAUCGGAAACCAGUAGAAAGCCACACCUUGGUUUCCAUUUCAGAAGUCGAAUGGACUUCCGGAACAGAUUCUUUUUGACUUCCUAGAUGCAACUGUGCAAUAAAAAACUUCCCUGAAGGGCUGCCUUCAGAUGUCUUCUAAGACUUAAGUCAAAUGUUGUUUAUCUGUUUGACAUCUCAUGGGAGGGCGUUCCACAGGGCAGGCGCCACUAUGGAGCACGUCUUCAUCAAGCUCUUCCCUAUGACCACAAUGCCUCGUUCCUGGUCAGUCACUGCCAGUCCUAUAAGCAUCUACUGUAUGUGUAAUUAGAAGAAGAAUUAUUUAAAUGUUUAAAUAAUUAUUUAGGGGACAAGGGCUCAACAAGAAAGACCGGGUUAUGUUUAGAAUGAUACCGCAUAGAGAUAUGCUCCCUGAUACCAAGAUGAGGGAUUCCUUUGGAAUGCAGAUAGAGAGAAUUGAGAAGAAUAAUGAUCUGUUGUGAACUUGACGGAAGUGUACAAUAGAUGAGCUUUCCUGCUUUGGCUCAUCUUCUUUUUUCUUUUUCUUUUUUUCCUAUUUUUCUUUCUCUUUUUCUUUUUCUAUUUCUAUUUUCUUUUUCGUUUUUCGUUUUUCUUUCCCACAGUUGCUUAUGUUCUGUGCCACGUACUUUGAUAUUUUUGUAGUUUUUUUUAGUUUUUUUCAUUAUUAUCAUUAUUAAGGAAUUUUGUAAUUUUGGUUGUCUAUAUUUAUAUGUAUUUGUUUAAAGCAAAAUAAAAGUAUUCAAUAAUAAAAAAAAAUUUAGAAGAAGAAGAAAAAUCCCCCAACUUGUUUGCAUCCGACUGCAUCUGUUGUUAUUCACCGUUGUGGCCUGCUGAUCUUCUUCUCUCUCUUUCUUCUACCCAAACAGCAUUGCCAUCCUCUUGUACCUAGCAAGGAAAUUCAAGACCCCUGACCACUGGUACCCCUCGGACCUGCAGAAGCGAGCCCGCGUGGACGAAUAUCUGUCUUGGCAACACAUGGCCACGCGAAUGUGUGGCACCAAACUGUACCUGGCAAAGGUAAGGGCUGCAGCUGCCUCUUGGCCCCGCUGACAAUUUACGGAGGAGAAGUCUCUGCUGCAACAAGGGGACCAGAGCUGGGCUUAGUUUUGUGGCCUGUGAAUGUAUAUCUGUUAGAGAGACCCUGCCUGCCCACGAGAGAUGAAAUGCUGGCAGCUGCCAUCGUUUUUCCUUCCUCUCCCUGCUCACACGGUGAUGAGAGGUGAAGAGCCAUACCUAGAAUGUCUCCGGUGUCAAUUCCCUCUUGCCCCCUCCUCUGCAUAGGCUUUGCUGCCUCUCUUCCUGGGACAUCCUGUCCCUCCCGAAAAGAUUGAAGAAGCCCUCGAGAGUCUGAAAGAGACCCUGAAGCUGUUUGAGGAGAAGUUCCUCCAGGACAGGCCCUUCAUCGCUGGCACGGAAAUCUCCUUGGCAGACUUGGUGGCCAUUGUAGAAAUCAUGCAGGUGAGUGCUGGGGGGCGAUGAGGUCUGGGGGCCUCUGGAGGAAAUGGCCUUUGGCUCCUGGCGAGGCUGAGGCACCUCAUCACUUCCUGCUAGCCAGAGCCAGGUGGGAUCACCACAUCUCAAAAAGAAGAGGUCAGAGCUGCAAACUGGGAAGCCAAGUGACCAGGUGGCUGAAUAAUAAUAAUAAUAAUAAUAAUAAUAAUAAUAUUAUUAUUAUUAUUAUUAUUAUUAUUAUUAUUAUUAUUAUUUAUUUAUACCCUGCCCAUCUGGCUGAAUCUCCCCAGCCACUCUGGGCGGCUCACAAUCAAAUGUUAAAAACAAUACAACAUUAAAUAUUAAAAACUUCCCUAAACAGGGCUGCCUUCAGAUGUCUUUUAAAGAUAGGACAACUGCUUAUUUCCUUCACAUCUGAAGGGAGGGUGUUCACAGGGUGGGCGCCACUACUGAAGCAUCUUUCUCCUCUCUUUCUUUCUUUCUCUCCUCUCCACCCCCCCCCCCACCCCCCGGUUGUCUGUCUUUCUCUCUCUCUCUCUCUCUCACACACACACACACCUUCCCCAACAUCCCAGUAGACCCUCCCUCGCUCUCCCACAUUCCCUCUAUCCAAUGAGUCCCACCACCAAUCCAGUCACAUUCCAGAACAGGAAGUGUGGGAAGAGAGAAGCGGAAGAUUUUCUCUCUUUUGGAACACUAGAACUUGGGUCCUCGGGAGGUGAGGAGAGCCUGGCUGUUGGGUCAUGCCAAAGGUACCUCUAAUUAAGUGCCGUUUUCCCACAGUGGCCAGCCAGAAGCAGGGACUGGGUGCCACAAAGGUGCUACCCCACUUAUGAUGUAUAUCCCUCAGCAUCUCACUGAUCAAAACUGGGACACUCAUUUUUUUGGUGCUGAGCUCUCGCUGGAACCAGCCGACUCAUGCAAGGGUUUUGUCUGGUGCUCUUGUGCACGUGCCAACUGACUAGCGUGAGAGCAAAAAGCAAUCGUAUUUUGGUCAGGCGCUCUGGCGCGAGCCAGCUGAUUUGCGCCACAGCACAAGACAAAAAACGGGACAUUCCAAGAUCUCUCAUCAGAAGCCGGGAUGUCCCACUCAAAUCGGGAUGGUUAGUGGGUAUGGUGAUGAUAGCUUUCCUUGCACAUUUGGCAAUUAUAGCUUUUCUCAAAAUGCAUGCAGAGUGAGCUCAGACACCUGAUUCCCUCCCACUUACCCCCAACAGAAGAACAAUGCAGGCACAGUGUCUCUUCUUGCCAAACAAAUGAAAGCUUGGGAACAUUUCUUCUGGCCUUGCUUAAAAAGAAACAGCGUAGCACGUUUGCAAGUUCGUUCUUCUCCCAGAUUCAUUCUUCCCAGCUAAGCAACAGGAGUUAUUUUCAGCCUCUUAAUCCUGAAUCCCAAGUCUUUUUCCCCCUUAUUUUUUUAAGUAGAAAUGUCAACAUCCCACUUUACUUCAAAGGCAUAUAGCAGGAAGUAGAAAUCAAUUAGCAAUAUAGGUGUUAAUAAUACUAGCCAGACAGGCUUUCCAAAAUAACUAUUGUUUGUGUUUGAUUAUAUACCAAAUACUCAUCAUUUCUAAGUGGUGUUCGUAAAAAUGAACCGUACAGAUAAUUGCAUUUUCCACUGAAAGUUCCUCUAAGCAUUCUGCUGUAAGGAUAAAAAUCUGGGGAGCCAGGCUCCUCGCAGACUGUGAAGACUUCAGUCAUGACUUUGCCCUUCUCUGAUUCUGCAUGGGAGGAAUUAUUAUUAUUAUUUAUUGAAUUUAUAUACCGCACUAUGCCCGGGUGUCUCAGGGCAGUUCACAGAAUACAAUCAAGAUAUAAAACCACAAAAUACAUAAUAAAAAUAAAACCAACAACCCCCCCCCCCAAAAAAAACACAUUUGAGAAGGGCAUAGGAUGUCAAUCAGGUCAGGCGAAGGCUUGGUUAAAAAGGAACGUUUUUGCCUGGCGCCUAAAGGUGUAUAAUGAAGGCAUCAGGUGAACUUCCCUGGGGAGAACAUUCUGCAGAUGGGGAGCCACUGCAGAGAAGGCCCUGUUCUCAUGUUGCCACCCUCUGGACCUCUCAAGGAAGCGGCACACGAAGGAGGGCAGAUUUUCGUUUAUUACAGUGCCAAAUCACUCUCCUCCUCUUUGCAGCCUGUAAGCGCCGGCUACGACGUCUUUGAAGGUAGACCCAAGCUGGCCGCCUGGCGCUCCAGAGUGGAAGAAGCCGUGGGGAAGGACCUCUUUGCCGAGGCCCACAAGGAGCUCUUCAAAGCCAAGGAUGUGACGGAGGAUCAACUCCCUCCUGAAAUGAGGGAACAAAUCAAGCAGCACUUGCUGAAGUAUGUGAAGUGAACGCCAUUGGGGGGCAGAGUCCCCCUCAAUAAAGCUCAAGAACCAACCAACA